AUGGCGUCAGCCACUAGAUACCAAGAGUUGAUGAAGCCUCGACAAAGAAUCAAACACAAUGGAUUUCUUUUUGUGAUACCAGAUCACAAAUUUUCGGUGUUUCCCCGCUGUAAAGGAUUAAACGUUUUUUUUUUAUUUUUUGAGGUACCUCAAUUUCGAUGUUGUGGUGGAGUUCACGGAUCGCCAUUGACAAAGCAAAAUUGCGGCACGAGUGAAUAUGACGGGCUCGAUGCUAUCACAGGAGGGGUGAGCUUUAUUCUGUUUUGAUGAACACUGUUGUAAGCUUCAUUCUGUUUUGAGGAACACUGUUGUAAUUUUCAGUUGGAUGUUAUCUCUUGUGAGGGUUCGAAGGAAGUAGCUCAAACAAGACCAUCCCUUAUUUCAACAAAGGUUUUCAUAAUCGGCGAUCCGUCUGAACGUUUUCAUAAAGGUUCCAAUUUCUGAAGCACGGCCUGUUAUUCAGUCAGUACCCUCAACGAGUUACAAUGGGGACAACAAUAGUCUCACGAAACGUUACUUGACAUCUUCAAGUGCAAGAUACUCGAAAUCUUUUGAAGAUUUAGGUUUAGUUCUAACAGUUUUUUCUUGACCACUUUAUUUCAGAGGAUUACUUCUCCGAUGAAAACCUUGAGGCUGAAAUCUUGACGAAUGAUAGAGCGCGCAAAGACUGUGUAGAUGAUUUUGAAGAGGUGCCGAAUUUUCGGUUUUAUCAUUUUUUGUGUAUAGGAUUUCGACGACGAAAUCGUAGUUCUACCCAAAAAACAAGGAGGAAAAAUUGUAGAAAGUCAUCUUUUUGACCCAGCUGCAGAGUUCGAUGAGGUUAUUAUCAAUUCCUUUUGAGCAUAAUUUUUGUUUUGAGGACGACCGCAAAUCCGAAGACAGCUUCUUCGAUGAAGAAAUAAUUUUGCAGGUUUUUCCUACUUAUGCAGUGUCAAUCGUCGCACUUUUUUAUUCAGAGCAACCCAGCUGAAAAAAGCGAAGCAUCUGAAAGCUCCACUUCAGUAGGUGGACGGCACGGUUUUCUAAAUUUUUUUUAUUUUCCUAAAGUCCAAUGUCCUACAGAUAUGCAUGGGCAAUUCCGCGGUUUCCUGCAAGACAACAGCGCGGAAUUCGAAGACGAACGUUUUUUCCCCUACUUUUCAUGAAUGGUUUUUUUUUAGAAAGCUUAUUGGGAGACUUUCGACGCGACGAAUUGUACAAAACACUCAAAGCGAAAUUCGGGUUCAACAGCUUUAGACAUCGUCAAAAGAAUGCAAUCGUUUCAAUCUUGCUGAAUAAUGAUGCCUUCGUGCUGAUGCCAACAGGUUAUUGCAGGCUCAAUAUGUUUUUUUCACGUUGUUUUAGGCGCUGGAAAAAGUUUGUGUUAUCAAUUGCCGGCGGUUUUAUCGAAAGGCGUGACAGUUGUUGUCUCACCUUUACGUUCUUUGAUUGAAGAUCAGCGCUCCAAAAUGAAAGAGCUGGAUGUAAAAGCUGAGAAGAGAACUUUUCUAAACGAUUUUGUUAAGAUUCCAUGCGAAGCUCUCACUUCAGAACUCUCUUCUGCAGAUCAAGAGGCCAUUUAUCAACGAUUGAUGAGUCCCGAACCCGACAUUAAACUUUUAUACGUCACGCCUGAAAAGGUCUGCUUUUUUAAAAGUUAUUUGAGAUGUUUUCUAGAUCAGUGCAUCGGGUCGGCUGAGCUCGGCUUUUAGUAGCUUGCACAGACGCGGUCUUCUGGCUCGGUUUGUCAUAGACGAAGCCCACUGCGUCUCUCAGUGGGGACACGACUUCAGACCAGAUUACACGAAGCUGAAAAGUCUUCGUUCAACCUACGCCUCUCCAAAGGUCAGAGAUCCUGCUCUCCUCAAAAGUUCACUAUCUCGAUUCUCAAACCUAUUCUAAAAAGAAUUUUUCUCUAUUCAGGUUCCUAUCAUCGCCCUUACAGCUACAGCGACACCAAAGAUCGUGACCGAUACACGUGAUCAUAUAGGAAUUGAGACUUCUAAGCUGUGAUUUUUAUUUUCAUUUUUUGUAUAACUUAAGCAACUAAUUUUCAAGAUUCAUCAGCAGUUUUGUACGAGACAAUUUGAAAUAUGACCUUCUGCCAAAGGCUUCACGAUCCGUGGUGAAAGUAGUCGAGAAGAUGAAGCAGCUUUACCCUGGGAAAUCAGGAAUUAUAUACUGCCUUUCAAGGUUUUCUUCAAACGCCUCAGUUAUGAUUAACCUUUGGUCUCAGAAAAGAGUGUGAAACAGUCGCAAAUAUGCUAACGAAAGCAGGCAUGUCUGCGGAAGUCUACCACGCCGGCCUGAACGACAAAACGCGCGUUAAUGUGCAGCACCGAUGGCUUGCCAACCGCGUCGACGUCAUCUGCGCCACGAUCGCCUUCGGCAUGGGGAUCGACAAACCUGACGUCCGUUUCGUCAUCCACUUCAGGUGAGCUCACGCGUCGGGCUGAUAUUCACCGUUUGAAAAAGAUAAUUGAGCUUUUUAAAUAAAAAAAUAAGAAAAAAAAGAAUCCCUGACUUACAAAAAGGUGGAACAUGAAUUUUUUGGUGGAAAAAUUGUAUUUUUUUGAAUUUCGGCUUUGGUUUUUUUGUGUUUAUUAGAACUUCGAUAAAUUGAAAAUUGAGAAAGCUUUGAAAAAAUCGAUUUACUUGACAAAAAGUUAUUAUUAAAAAUUAGCCUGCCGAAGUCGAUCGAAGGGUACUACCAGGAAACUGGACGAGCAGGACGGGACGGACUUCCCUCCUACUGUCUGAUGCUGUAUUCUUACCAAGAUUCGAUCCGUCUACGUCGCAUGAUCGAAGGUUUUUUUGAAGUCGCUAAUUCAGACUCACAAUUUACUAUAGACACACAGAGCACGUCGGGGAUCCGGAUGAUGCAUUUGCAAAAUAUUUACCAAGUUGUUUCAUACUGCGAGAAUGUGUCAGUUUGCAGACGGAAGAUGCUCGUUGAACACUUUGGAGAAGUGCCUUUUGUCUCAAAAUGUCUCAUAAUCAAAAAUUGUCUUUAGGUCUACGAUGAGCAGACCUGCCGGACUAGCAAAACUCCAUGCGAUGUCUGCGAGAAACGCAAGAAAAAUCCAUCGGCUUUCCGCGUUUUCGACGUCAGUCAUGAAGCGAAACUGAUAUUGAAAGAACUGCAGAGAAUGCAGAAAGUUACCUUGCGGUAUUUUGAGAUUCCUCGGGAUUUUCUUUCCAUUCGGCAUUUUGCAGGUAUCUUGCUGAAUUGUAUCGAGGGCAAUUAGUCAAAAAGACUGCCGAAAAAGCAAUGAGCAUGGGCCACAAGUCAUUGCCCUUCUUUGGCCGCGGCGCCGGUAUGACGGAACAAGACUCUCUUCGUUUUCUGCGGAGACUGGUGAGUCGCAGAACCACCUCUAGCUGAUCCUGCGCGUGGCGCAACGCCUAAACGCGUGAAUCUCACUAGGAGUGUCCCGUGUUCGAAACCUAUGGGGGGCGAAUCCAUGUUUGAAGUCCUCGUUCGGAACGUUCCGACUGAGUACUAGCGAUGCAUGGGACAUGGGAAUGUUGAAUAGGUUACAGUGUAUAUCAAUUGCUAUACACUGAUUACGAUUCGGACGGACAUUUCUUUUAAAAAGGUCUUUCUAAAAUCCUGCAAAUUUUCUUUCAAAUUUUUAUUUGUGUACAUUGAAAACUUCCAACUUGAAGGUAGUGGAAGGAUACAUUUUCGAGCGCCUCUAUGCGAUUCCACAGCAAGCUGGAGUCGUAGCUUAUGCAGAAGUCACUGAAACUGGAAAACAAUUUGCAGCUGGAGCUCCAGCUAAGGUAAGAUCUUCAAAUCUCAAAUAUUAUCUUCCAAUUGUUUAACAGGUGUACCUUCAUAUUGUUACUUGUGAAAAACGUCGAAAGAACGACUCUGUCGAACUUUCGAACAUCAAUGCUGUUUCGGAAGCACAGGCUCUGAAGGACAAGUGAGAGAAGAUUUUUUGAAAAGAGAUUUAUCAAUUUCAGGUAUAUGUUCAAACACGGCGAUGUGUUCGCUAAGUGUUUGAGAGAGCUUACCGACCUGAUGACGCAAAUGGCCGAGAGCACUGGACUUCCUGGUCCCUAUUCUAUUGUUUCUCGUGAAGGUCUCGAACAGGUAAUUUUGCCGUCUGUCUCUUUUCGAAUAUAUGAUGUUUAAAAGUCGAGAUUGGAUACUUAAUGUCUCUUGGAAACAAUAAGACAAACAGCCAAAAAAUGUUUUUGGUUAGAAACAUGGUGUUUAAAAGGAAAUUCAACCAACUUUCAGCGAACUCUCAAAGUCUUGCUUUUCAGAAGCGAACAAAAUUGUUCUGCGCCCUUUUUGUUGUGGUUUGGUUCUACAGUAAAAGCGAGUUUUUUCCAUUUUCGAAGUUUUUGCCCUUUUUAGCGUCCAACUCCGCGUUUUUCUCUCAGUUUGUUUAUGAAUUAUAUCGAAACAUAUUUCAACUACAGGAAAAAGUCGAAUCACAUCAGUCAUCCGUUAUAUUUUUUAAGCUAAAAAGCCGAGUGGAAAUUUAAAAAAAAAAGAUGGAAUUUCCGAAAUGUCAAGCACACGAAGUGAAUACUUCAGAAUGAGGCACCUCCUUACAGUACUUUUCGCAAAUGAAAAAAAAAACCUCGUUUUUAUCAUAGCACCUGUUGCGUUCAAAGUAAUUUCGGCGAUUUCAAAGUAGGCGCGUUAUUUGUUUAAAAAAAUGAUUUCGGGAAAUGGGCAGAAUUGGUAUUCCGGGAAGGUGCAGAAAAAUGAGUCUUACAACAAUAUAUCGUUACACAUGCAUUUUUAAGGUGACUUUUACGCGCGAAUUUGAAAUUUUUGUAGAAAAUCCCAAAUAAUUCCAAAAUUUUGAGUUCGCGCGUAGAAGUUACAGUAGAAAUGCAUAUCUUGCGAUAUAUCGUUUUCGGACUCAUUUCUUCCGUGCCUUUCCGGAUUUCCCUAUUUGCCUAUUUUCCCGGAAUCAUUUUAAACGAAAAACGCGUUUGAAACCGCCGAAAUUGCUUUGAACAUGGCAUGUGAUAUAAAAUAGAAUGAGACUUUGUAGAAAAUGAUUUUCGAGCUUUGACGAGAUCGAAAAUAUAAGUGGUAUUUUUUUUUUUAGAUUGCUGCGUUGCUUCCGAGAACAAAUUCAGAACUUUUGAAAGCGGAUUCCAUGACGGCCAUCAAGGCUGGAAAGUAUGGCCAAGUUAUUAUGGAGACAUUGAAGCCUUUCUGGAUACAAGUCGAUGGUAUUUGUCUUUCUGUAUAGUUAUAGGUGAAAAAUUACAGAAAGAGAAGAAGACGAAAUGCGUCAACAAUUGGAAAAACUGAAAAAUGGAGAACUUGUGCUCGGUGGCUUCGCCGAAAUGCCUAAACCAGAUUCGGGUGUUGCUUUAUCUGGUAAAUCCCCUACUUAAGAUAAGCCCAACUUUUUGUUUCAGGUGCAAUAACCGCGUUCCGACCGCAUUUCAUAACUGGAAGAGGCAGAGGAGCAAGAGCAAAGCGCACUGCUUCGGGACCGUAAAAACAAUUAUAUUCCGUUAGAAAAAAAACAUCCAUUUCUAGGAAGAGUGGGAGUGGAGGGCGACCGCCAAAAAAACCGCGGCUGCAGGCCAGGACUUCGUCCAACCGUGGAAAACGUGGAGCUGCCGCCCUCAAAAAUCCUCGUACCCUCAACAAAAUGCUAUUUCCGGCUUCUCUUUUAUAG